AUGAGACCUAGAGUUUGGCUCUAUGAUGACUAUGACUAUGCAGAUACGACAGCUAUUGCCAUGGUUAGUGCCUCAGAUCUUAGAUCAAAACCUGAUGCGGUGAUUGUUGUAGGAACUGCACUUAAAGUCGAGUCAAGAAGAAAAUUUGCAAUAGAUAUGUGCGCAGCAGUUCGAAAAUGCGGUGGUUUAAGUCCCUGGAUUAACCUUGAGCCUCCUUCACAGCCACUUAAAUGCUUCGACAUAGUCAUAAAAGGCGACUCUGACUCCAUAGCAGUGCAUGUGUCUAGCUGGUGGUUGAAGGAUUGUCGCCCUCACCCCGUCGCGCCACCAUACCCAAAUGAACCCAACACCACCACAACCUCCUCGCACCAUCGUGCCCUCGCCCGUCGUGUUUCGUCCCGUCUCACCCCAACGCCCCCCAAGCGAAAGACGAGCGCAGAUAUAAAAAUGGCCACCGCCGAGGUCCUUACCACCACCCACGCGAUGCACACUCCCUCCGUUGACCCCCCCACCCUCGCGCUCUACCCAGGAGGCGCCAUCGAUGCCACCUCGAGCGCCCGAGGUGCUGGAGAGCAGCGGCUAAGCUGGGGAUGA